AAGACUAAGAUGGCGGGUAUCACAAAGCUCACAGUGGCCUUUUGUGCUCUUGUUUCACUCAUGGACUCUGCCGCCUUCCAAUGCCUUCAAAGCUUGGUCCUAUGCAUUAGUCUUUGCCUCAAUUCUCUUCAUCUUCAUCAUCAUCAUGAGGUCUCCAACGAGCCCAAGACCAAAAGCACUUGCUCAGUCUCACAAGGACACUUACACUCGUGCAAGAAAGAACCCAUUGUUUGAUGGGCUGACUGAUGGCCCUCCUCCGCCGUUUGAUUUUAAUGCGAGUCCCGGCAGGAACAUUGCCCGGUCUGUGUCAGAUAUUGGCCAUAGAUCGCAACAAGAGGCGGUAUUAGAUGUGUUUGAUGAGUUCAGUCCAAAUGAAAAACCCUUUGAUCGUAUUAGUCCAAAGGAAAAACACUCCUCAUUCAGUAUAAAGAAGAACCCUUUUGAGUAUAGUCCAAAAAAGAGCUUUGAGUGGCCAGAAAAUGGUAAAGCAGAGGCCUUCGAAUUCACAAAUGUUCAGACUGUGUUUAGCUUUAACUUGACUACUGAAGAAAAUGAUCAGCAGCGUGAGAGUGUAUCUAGCAAUACAAGUCCCACGGUUGAAAAAGCGUUUCGUGUUCGUAGAAGGAAGGAAAACCUGUCUGCAGUUCCACUUCCUCAGUCUGCAGCUUCAUUUUAUAAUGGAAACUCACCGCAGUUCGAAAUUGCUGAGUCAUGUCCAAGCAUUAAGAGGCUUAAUCAGUUUCUAAAAGUAACAAAGGAUGAAGUUAAUGCUGGUGUUCCGGGAAGAUUCUUACAUGCUGUAAUAGCUCAAGAUGUUCCUGAUGUCGGAGCCAUUGCGUCAACCAUCAUGUAUGCUUUCUACCUGAAUGAAACACAUAAAACUGACCAUUUAUGCACGGUUCCUGUGAUCAACAUGAAGAGGUCGGACAUAAGUUCUCAAGCUGAACUCAAAUGGUUGCUUGAUUCUUGUCAAAUUGAUCAGAAGUCCUUAAUUUUUGUAGAUGAGAUCGAUCUGUCAUAUUAUGAUAUAUUUGGGAGUCUUAAACUAGUUCUGCUAAAUGGCUACAAGCUCCCAGCGAAGCAAGAGGCAUUGAAAGAUGCAGUAGUUGAAAUUUUCAAUUGCGGAAAGGGUGACUCAGUAUACCCCUGGGUUGAAACUGUUACUGUAGGAGAGGACAGCUCAUGCUGUACUCCUAUUGCUGAGAAGUUUGCACUGCUUUCACCUGAGAUUUUGGCUGGACACGGAUUCAGUAGAAUUUUGUUAGCUGCCAUCCUCUUAGAUUCUGCAAACUUGAGCAGUUCUAGUUGUUCAUUCAAAGAUAAAUACAUGGCUACAAUGCUAAUCCAUGGUGCUGGUCGCUUUGGAUGCAAUGGUCUUUACCAAUUACUGAGAUACAAAAUGUAUGAUGUAACUGGUCUCAAAGUAGCUGAUGUAUUGCGCAAGGAUUUCAAAAAGUGGACACGCGUAGGUAAUCAGGACAAUACUGGUUCUAGAUUGACAGUAUCACAUAUUGGGAUGAGUUCUAUUGGGAUGUCUAUUGAAGAAUUUCUUGAUCAUGAGGAUUCCACAGUGCGUGAAAUUAAAUAUUUUCAGCAGGCGGAGAAACUUCGUCUUCUCAUGAUUGUUUCUGGGUAUUAUAAUUUGAAAAAGAACUUCAAGAGAGAGAUCCUAGUGUCUGCUCAGUCAGUGGAGCUCAUGAGGAAUCUACUGUCAUUCUUCAAUUCAAGUGCUUCCAAUCUACCUCUUAAAGCUAUUCCCAAGCCAGGUCUCCCAGAGCAGAUGCAAGCUUUUGAGAUUGACAUGAUGACAUCAAGAAAGACCAUCGAGCGGCUCUUGGAAGAAUUUGGUGGGAAUUCAAAAGGCUAA